UCUCAAUAAAUAAUGCGAUUCAAUUAAUCAAAAAUAGAACUCCAAAUUUCACCAUCUUGAUAAGAAAAAAAAAAAAAGUUUAGGCAAUGACACUAGUAGAUUUACAACUCUCAAAUUCAUUAAUCUUUUGCAUUCUAAUUCCUUUUCUCUUCUUCAAAUUCAAGAAAACAAGAAAUAAUAAUGCCCUUUUGUCAAGUGGUAAAAUACCAAAAUCAUAUCCUAUUAUUGGUUCCUAUUUUUCCAUUUUGGUAAAUCAGGAGCAACGAGUUCAAUGGAUAUCUGAUAUUAUCCUUAGCACCCCUAAACUUACUUUCACUCUCAUUCGACCCCUCAAUUUGCAUUCUAUUUUCACUGCCAAUCCAUCUAACGUCCAACAUAUACUCAAAACAAACUUCUCUCUUUACCAAAAGAAAUCAAAUAGUGUUCUGGCAGAUUUUCUCAGGAAUGGCAUUUUUAACGCCAAUGGUGAUAUAUGGAAGUACCAAAGGAAAGUUGCUAGCCACGAAUUCAACACGAGGUCCUUGAGAAAAUUCGUUGAAACUGUCGUUGAUACUGAACUCUCCGAACGUUUGAUUCCAAUUCUUGCCAAUGCUGCUGCUGAGGAAAAUGUUCUUGAUCUGCAAGACAUUUUACAAAGGUUUGCGUUUGACAACAUUUGUAAAAUUGCUUUUGGUUAUGAUCCUGGCUACUUGUUACCGAACCUGCCCGAAGCAGAAUUCGCAGUUGCAUUUGAAGAUUGUGUUCGCCUAAGUAGCGAAAGAUUCGCGCUUCCCUGCCCAAUUAUCUGGAAAAUGAAACGCGCUCUUAAUAUUGGAUCGGAAAAGAAAUUGCAGAUAGCAGUUCAACAAGUACGUGAAUUCGCGAAAAGAAUAGUGAGAGAGAAACAGAGGGAGCUGAACGACAAGUCAUCGCUCCAUUCAGCUGAUUUGUUAUCAAGAUUCUUGAGUACAGGGAAUUCUGAUGAAGAUUUCGUUACUGAUAUCGUGAUAAGUUUUAUAUUGGCAGGACGUGACACGACUUCAGCUGCAUUAACGUGGUUUUUUUGGCUGAUUUCAAAGAAUCCAGAGGUGGAAUUCGAAAUCUUGAAAGAAAUUGGAGAAAACGCAAAUGAUUCAGUGGUCUUAUACGAUGAAGUGAAGAGCAUGAUGUACACUCAUGCUUCGCUAUGUGAAAGCAUUAGAUUUUACCCACCCGUACCAAUGGAUUCAAAAGUGGCAGCGAAGGAUGAUGUAUUGCCGGAUGGCACUUUUGUGAGAAAGGGUACGCGGGUGACUUAUCAUCCUUACGCGAUGGGAAGAUCGGAGGAAAUAUGGGGAAAAGAUUGGGCUGAAUUUAAGCCAGAGAGAUGGUUGAAUAAGGACCAAGUGACAGGGAAUUGGACGUUUGUGAACAAAGAUGCAUACUCAUAUCCUGUGUUUCAAGCAGGGCCAAGAAUCUGUUUAGGGAAAGAAAUGGCGUUUUUGCAAAUGAAGAGGGUGGUGGCUGGUGUUCUGCAGCGGUACAAGGUGGUUCCGGUGGCAAAGAAAGGGGUAGAGCCGUUGUUCAUAUCGUAUCUCACCGCUAAGAUGAAAGGUGGUUUCCCUGUUACUGUUGAAGAAAGGAUGUAGGAAUACCACAACAUUUAACCUCACAUACUCUUAUUUAUAGAAGUAAGUAUUAAUUAUAAUUAACAACAUAUUAGUCUUCUUUUUUCUUUUUUUUUUUUUUUGCAAUAUGUGAAGUUGGAUGUUGUUGUAAAGUUUUAUUUAUUAAUAUGAAGUUUGAAUGAUUUAAUUUAAUAUGAAGUUGGAUGCCCUAGCUCCGUUAA